CGAUCGAUCCAACAAACCAGGCUCAGCCAUCUAUCUCAUACUCUCUCCGUGAGCUAGUGUGCUGCACGCACGCCCUGGAGAUGGAAGGCAAGGGUCGUCUGAGGAGAGUGAUCCUCCUCCUGGUCUUGGGUGCGGUCCUCGUGCUAGGGACCUUGCUGCCACAGGCCCAAGCAGAUGCGGCCGCUGACCCUGGCGACGACGACGACCACCGGAAGGUGUGCUGCCACGACAAGGAAGCGAGCUAUUGCUUCUCCGUCUGCACCCACGGCAGCUCCACCCCCAAGCUCAGAACAUGGUGCGCGGACAACUGCUGCUGUGUGCUCACCAUGGACUCAACAUGCAUGCCCGCGUCGCUGCACAAGCUCCAGCCUCACGUUCACCAACCACGCUGUGCCCUCCGGCUUGCUGCCACCAGCCCAAGCAGAGGCCGCUGCCACUGGUGGUGACAGAAAGAAGAUCUGCUGCCACGACGAAGACGAGAGCUUUUGCUGCUCCGGCUGCCUCGAACAGCACGGCUCCGGCGACGCCGCCAGAACGUCGUGCGCGCGGGACUGCUGCUGCGUGUUUACAUGGAGCGCAACAUGCCCGCGCCGUUGCAAAAGCUCCAACCUUCUCACCAACAAAGUUAUAGUGGACGGCAGCGAAGAGACGAAAGCCGGUGCCGGCGGCAUCGCAUCCAUUGCCGCUUAAUCAACCAAGCGUGCACGCACGUACGCUGCGACUACUGCGGGUGGAAGCAGCCCAGACCUGAUGUGUGUUUGUGUGUGUGUGUGUGUGUGUUGCUCCUUGUGUUCAGUAUAUAUAAUUGGAUUCCAUCGUACGUAUCCAAGAGAGUGUGACGACGUCGCCUUGCACAUGGCGCAGUCCAAUAAAUACGUGUUCAUCAUGAUAGGCACAUAUGAUGCCAUGCUCGUGGCGCGACGCGCUCAUACGUACGUGUCAAACGAGCUAGCUGUAUCGUCCUAGCUUGCUAAUGGAAUAAAAGUUUGCCAUUUGUGA